AUGCCUUCCGAGACCAUGCAACGAUUGUCCUACCGAUCAACUGUCCUCGCCUCAGAGACCUCCAGCCGAGAUAUCCGCAAAGCGGUUGAGGCUUCCCCACGACCAAAAUAUGCCUCCUACUCAGAGCGCAGACAAUUGCCUGAGCACUCGCCUCCACCCCCACCUCCAUCUCCAGUGCAUUGGAACCGCGACAAGCACGACCAUUAG